GCAUCUCUCUCCUCUAUGCGGGCCUGCUGUGGUGGAGGAGGGCGGGCCGUGGACACACAAUGAGCAGAUUUUGGACAGUCAACUCACUGAUGAUGCGACAUGAACGGGAGCAGAUGAUUACUGCUACACUAUAACGUGAUUUGCAUUGUUUGAUUUUGCGUAGCAGGGAGAGGCUGAAACUGCAAACUGACGCUCAUCGGAAUUUUGGAGAUUUUUCUUUCUGCAGAGAUAUUUUUUGCGCAACUCGGUAAAAAAAAAAAAAAAAAGGGGCGGGGGGUAUGACCUCCCGAUCAGCUGAUCAGACACAUCAGUGAGUGAAACUGCGUGUGUUGAGUGGGGGGCAACGGUACAAGAUGAUGUCCUUGAUAGAUCUGGACGACGAUCAACGGUGGGUGCCCACUCACGUGAAUGUCACCGUGCUCCGCGCCAGGGGACUGCGAACCAAGGGAAAGCACGGCAGCCGCUACCUCUACACCAUCAUUCAGGUGGGGAAGGAGAAGUACACCACCGGGCUGGUGGAGAAGGCGGAGGUGCCCGUGUGGAACGAAGAGUGCUGCUUCGAGCUGCUCCCCGGGAUCCUGGAGGAGGGCGGACGGUUCGCCUACCCCCCGGGGAGCGGAGACCUGGUCCUCACAGUCAUGCACCGGGUCCUCAUCGGGCUGGACGUGUUUCUGGGUCAAACCAUCAUCCCCUUGGAUCAGAUAUUUCACGACGGAGUGUGUCCCAGAGAUGAAUGGUUCAAGCUGAACUCCAAGGUGGGAAGGAAAGAGAAGGAACGCGGUGAACUUCAGGUGACGGUCCAGUUCACCCGCAACAACAUGACGGCUAGCAUGUUCGACCUCACCAUGAAGGACAAGCCCCGCUCUGCCUUCGGCAAGCUCAAGGAUCGCGUCACGGGGAGGAAGAGGGGUGAUGUGGAGUCUUCCUCAGCCAUUUUGCCGGGCCGGUAUGCCGCGUUGUCAGGGUCACUGGGGCAACCCUUUGGAGAAGAGGGAGGUGGUGUGGUGGAGUCACAAGAGGUGGAUGUAACAGAGGAGAAGAGGAGCAAAAUGAAAGAUUUCUUCAAGGGAAGGUUGCGAAAGUCAUCUGACACCAGGUCCUGCUCAUCUCUGGCCUCAGAGAGCAGCAUGUCUUCCAUGGCCAGUGAUAACCUCGGCCCUCCACUCAGUUUGGAUCUGCUCUCAGACCCUCCCAGCUCCCCCAUUUACACAAGCAAAGUGAGAGUCGAUGCCCAUUACGGAGAAACAGAUUUAGCAAAAAAAGUGCUCACCAGUCAGCAUACCACCAAGAUUCUUACGCACAAGCGUGCCUUCAGUGAUGAAGCCAGGAGGAUCACCACAGCCCUCCCUCGAACAAAUGUUGCAGUGGAGUCUCUCAAGGGUCAGACCAUGAGUCAGUCCAAGUCGUCUCUUUGUAUAAAUGGAAGCCAUGUCUAUGAUUCAGAGCCGUCGACUCCAAAAAUCUCUGGAGCGCUUCCGUCCAAACUGGUUCUGUUGGAGAAAUGCUCACCACUGUCUCGGUCUCUGCAGAAUCUAACAAAAAGAGGAGAGGACAAAAGUUCCUUUGCAGACGGACGACGCUGGUCCUUCGAUAAGCUGAAGAAGGAGGAAAAGGAGGAAGAGAAAGACGCUUCAGCUCAAGAAGCUCAGACUGGAGACAGCCUUGUUCAAGCAGCAAUGCCAAUCGUAUCUUCAGCAGGUUGUUCACCUGAAAAAGGAAGGAAACUGAGAAAGACGUUCUCUGCAGGGAGGAGUGAUUCUCUGCCUGCUAAGUCAGACCUAAACCAGGCUAUUGCUUCAUCAGAGGGAAGGCUCAGAGGCUGGUUUGGCUCUGGGGACUCCCAGAACAAGCCAAGGCUGGAAGUUUCUCCUAAAGUAGAAAGCAGCUCAGAUGUACCCCCUUCCCACUCUUCUUGCUCCCCAAUUCUGCCUCCUUGGUCCUCUCCCUCUGCUUCUCCCUCUGAUCAUGUUUCACCUGACAAUCACAGUCACAUCAACCUCUUCACCCCUUCCUCUUCUCCUUCCUCAACCCCCCUCUCCCCUUCAAACCCUUUCCUGCCAUGUAUGCAGCGCAACCCCUUUUUUGAGGAGCUCAUAACAGAAGAAUUAGAGAAGUUGCCUUCUGUUGCUCCCUUCUCCUCUUCUGGCUCACCCCCCUUUCAUUACACCACUCUGCUAGCAGACACUGAUCCUGAGGUUGGCGGCAAAAAUAGGGUUUCCAUAAAACGGGAGCGCCCCCGGCCAGUUGCAAAGCAGAUAUCACUACCUGCAUUACUGCCCAAAAGAACCACACCUAACUCCCCCAUUCACUCCAACCCUUGCUUCACAUCAAAAUGGGAGGAAUCUUUUGAUGCUUUUGCCUGUAGUAGGCUCAACUCCCCUAAAGAUAGACUUCCUCCAGAACAGCCCAGAACCAGUCCAACCUUAUCUUGUAAACAUAGCUUUUCUCCAGUGGAUAACAUUUGCUGUAACUAUGCACAAGAACCGCAAAGAUGCGAUGACGAGCCUCCACCUUUACCUCCAAGGAGAUUUAUAAGGACUUCUGUUAAUGAAAUCUUCUCAGAUGGCUGGUUGCACAGAGGCCAGGAGCUAGCGGUCCAUAAAGAAGCCUAUCUCCUCUCUCAGACUGGUGUGGCAUCUUUGCAACGUGGCAGGGAGGGUGAGAAAAGAGAGAACCCUUCUCCCAACCCAAGUUCAAGCAGCGGAACAUCAGAGUCUCUAGGCGUCCACACCCAGCCAUAUGCAAACAACUCCUCACUUGGACUCAUGUCAGAAGAGAACCCCAAAAGGUUCAAGUAUGAACCUCUGGAAGAUGAAGCUGACUGUUGGGGUGGGACAUUGUUUGAGCAAGACUUGUAUGGACGUGCAUGCAGGGGAAAUUAUGGACUAAAUAGUCCUUUAUCAAUGAAUGCUAAGGAAAAUGCAGGAAAUAAGACCCCAUUCAAGGACUCCGGGUCUAAAGGGCUUCUUGAUAGUGACCAUUUCAGCAUUAUGUCCAUUGUUCCCCCCAAUGUACCAAAUAUAUCUUAUACUCCGGCUGAGGAAACAGAAGAAUCUAGCCCAUGCGAAUCCACUUGCCUUAACAACAACAUAUCUUUCUCACUAACAUUAGAAGAUCUUAACAUGAAUUUGAACAAUUCAGACUUUAGUUUUAUUGACUCAGAUGGAUCUACUCAUUCAGAAGUAGCCGAUAAUUUUAAAAACAAUCCAGGGGAGAACUUUCUGCCACAAGAUUCACAGUUAGAAAUUUACCACAGGGAGACCACACCUGGUGACAUAUUCAAAUUGAAGGACACCUACAUACCCACUCUAAACUCUUCUUUUGAAAUACCUGCAUUUUCUAAAAAACUUUGCAAAGUACCACCAGUUUGCCAAGACAACGGCCAAGACUGUCCAUGCGAAUUAACUAAUGUAGCAUUGUGUGGUCCCUGUGGGUCAAAGAGCCAAGGGGUUGUUGCUUUAGUACAAACAAAUCCCACAUCUAACUCAUCAAAUGUUGAAACUGGACAAGGAGGUGAGCAAAUAAUGUGUAAUGAUGACUUUGAAAAGACAAAGAAAGACUGUGAUGAUAAUGGCAACCUAGAAGACAAUCUAAAAAGACCUAAGCAGACAGAAUCAUUUUCAGGAGUUGUAAGUGCACGAAUCAGACCAAAGGUAGCAUCCAGACAGAACAGCAGUGACAGCCCAAGCAACCAGAGCAUGUAUGGAGACAGAGAGUUUGUGCAGUUUCUAUCCCUUGUCCAGAACAUUUCAGAGGUCAGUGAAGGACCGUUGACUUAUCAGCCAACUAAAUCAAUGCUGUCUUCCUUACAAGUUUUAGAACAGCCAGAUAAGCCUAAAUUAACCUCUAUCAAUGACCAAACACACCAAUUUGCGUCCAACACAAUAUACCAAAAAUGUUCACUCGACACCACAGUAUCAUGUGCGACAGAAAACGCCUCAACAAAUAGCUUUGAAGAUCUCCAUGCAAAAGUUGCACCAAACUGCAGAACCCCUUCCAAAACAAAGAUUGGGAAAUCUUUGCCAGAACAUAAGUCCUGUUCUCCCUCCACCCCUUUUACACUCCCCCUGUUAGCUGACUCCCUGGUCCGUUGCCCCCUCAUACAAACCUCAAGCACAGGGUCGGUUGCUAAAGUCAGCACUUUGCUGGCUAUGUCCACCGACAACCCCUCGCUGUCUACCACCUUCACCACUGACCAGCCCCUGACUGAUGCACGGCACUCACUUUUACCUGAGGAGACACAGCCUGCUGGCAGCCUGCCCCAUCAGGAGAGCAGAUCUCAUCCAGUGAAACCAUUAACAUCCAGUCAGCCUGAGAAGAAGGAGGGUCGCUCAGUUCUUGAGAAGCUCAAAUCUACCAUAAACCCAGGGCGUUCCACCCAUCAGGCCAUACCUGAACCUGAAAAGAAGGAUGUAACUGCAGACAGAGUGGCUCAGUAUCAGCUCCUGACCAACAUGGAACUCAUCUCCCUGCUGCUGCAGCAGGAGAUGGACAUGGAGACGCAGAAGGCAGCCUCCGAGCAGCAGGGGGCGCAGCUGCAGAAGUGUGAGUCAGAGCUGAAGAAAGUCAAGGCGCAGGUUAGAGACUUGGAGGACUACAUUGAUAAUCUAUUACUGCGGAUCAUGGAGCAGACGCCCACGUUGCUCCAAGUACGCUCAAGGCACAAGUAAUGACGAAGCCGGUGUUUGAAAUGAGUACAGUAUCAAAGAUUCUUGUUAAUUCAUAUAGGAGGUAUUAUUCUGGAGUUUAAGUUAAAGAAAAGCUCCAUGGGUUUGGUCUCACAAUCAUCCAGGUCUUCUCACUGCUAAUACUACUGCCUUGUAGAUGUAGACGUAAUAUCACCUUGCAUGCAUGCUGGUUACGGUCUCAAAUUGGCACACAUAGAAAGCUGAAAACAUGCUAUGAGCAGAAGCUUACAUGAAAGCAGACACAAAUGAUUAUUUCACACAGCUCUCUGUAAUAGAAUACCUUAAAGUAGUCAGAUAUUGCCAGUUUAGCUUUAAAAAAUGGCAGCUUUUGCAUGCGCUUAAAAUAAAUGCAGGUUAAAGAAAUCCAUUUUGGAAGUGGUCUAAAUGAGCUCUUGUAGGAUUUACAAUUAGACUCAAAUUGUCUUUAAAGUAAAAAGUUUGAUUUUUGGCAAAAAUCUGGUUUUGAUAAUAUUCAGAUUAUUUUAUGGAAUUAAGGGUGUGUUAAAGGGUUAACUUUAGUUGGUUUCUUGUCAAAAGAAUUUUAAAACAACAAAAAGAAGAACUCACAAACAUCAAAGAAACAUUUAGUACUACUAAAGGCUGUGGAGGACAAAGUUUUUUCCUUUUUAUGAGUUAGAUUUUUUUUAUUUGUUAAAGUUUUAUUAAAAACUUGUUUUUCAAAUUUGAACUGAAGCAGUGAUGAUUAAGUUUUGUUGCAUUAUGUACUUGUACAGAAACAGUCAUAUUGUACUGUAAAAAAAACUAUGACUCAUUAAUAAAAGUAUUGUAAGUUACCUUACUUUUUUCAUGAUACUGUAUUCUAAUACCAAUCUCAAGUACCACUGUAGCUAGCUGCUAUGCUUUAUAUGACCGCAAAACUGUAGUAAAAUAAAGUGCACAUGAACAGAA